AUGGCCAGCCACGGCGUAGCCCGCACGUCCCGCGCCCGUACGCCAGCUCAGUACCAAGCCGACCAGGACAAGAUUGCCGCCUACCGCGACCUCGACGCCCGCCUGCUUGCCGCCAACACUGACCCCUCCGCCCUCGCCGACCCCGCGACCCUGUCCCUGACGGCGGACCUCCUUGCGCGCAACCCCGAACACUACACGGCAUGGAACGUCCGCAGGCGCUGCCUAACCUGUGGCUCCUUGUCAAAACGCUCGCCUGGGCCAUCGCCGUCGGCGCCGUCCGCGACUUCUUCCACACACUCCACAGCACCAACGUCCUCCGCCGCAUGGUCGCCCUCUGGCUCGGCCGUGACCCAGCCAGCCCCCGCGUCCCGUCCACACCCCUCGAGUGGGAGGAGUGGUACAACAGCUGAGGGGAGCCCGGCCCCUGACGUUGCGGUCCCCGAGGCCAACGCAACCCUGAAAACGGACGACAAAACUGACGACAAGCACAGUGCACUCGUCCUCGACACGCUGCGCUCCGAGUUACAGUUUACCUUUCCCCUCAUCAAGGCUAACCCAAAGUGCUACUGGAUCUGGAACUACCGCCUAUGGCUGCUGCAGCAGGCCAUCGAGCUGCUGCCGGUGGCUGCCGCCCGCCGCGUCUGGGACGAGGAGCUCGGUCUUGUCGCCCUGAUGCUCACCAAGGACCAGCGCAACUUUCAUGCCUGGGGCUACCGUCGUCACGUCGUCCGCACUCUAGAGAGCGAGGCGCUCGCCGGCAGCACCAUGUCAGAGGCGGAGUUUGCGUACACUGAGCGCAUGAUCAGCGCCGGGCUAUCCAACUUUUCCGCCUGGCAUCACCGGAGCCGGGUCAUCCCGCGCCUGCUGGAUGAGAGGGGGUUCAAUGACGCGGAGAGGCGGGCCUUUCUGGAUGCAGAAUUCUCGUUGGUGAGGAGAGCCCUCGACGUCGGGCCGGAAGACCAGUCCUGCUGGUACUAUCACCAAUUCCUGGUCCUCAACAUUACGGAACCAGUAGGCAAGCAGACGAUUGCGCCCAACCUGAGUGCCGAAGACAAGGUGCCAAUUCUGCAGAGUGAGAUCGACAACAUUAAGGACCUUCUUGAAGACUACGACGACGAUCUCAAGCUGGCAUAUGAGGCGCUCAUGGACUACACGCCCGCCCUCGCGCGACUCGAAGGGCGCGAGGAAACCGAGGCCAACAGGGCCGAGCUGCAGGGGUGGCUCGCCAAGCUGCGGAAGCUGGACCCCAUGCGCAAGGGACGCUGGGAUGAUUUCGAGCGGGCGCAUAGCUUGCGUUGA